AUGUCUACCCAAGGCUCGCGCAGUAUCCUUUUCACGCACACCCGCCCCCAGGAAGGGUUCCGGUUACUGGAACUAACCCCAGAGCUGGAAGAACUACUGACAUCGAAAGAUGCACCUCUACUAGAACUCAAGUCGCCCUCUACAGCCCUCGCACAAGCAGUAAUCGACCCCACUACCCACGACUACGUCAACCUAUGCACACCAAUACAAACCUACCGUAUCCGCCAAGUACAAUCUUCAAACUCCCUACACAUCCUCCGCCCGAGCCGCGGCGAGAUCUCCCAAGCAGACAUCAAAGUCGUUGAAGAAGAACCCGGCGAAAGCGGUGCAUUGAACCUCCCAGAUGAAGCCGUAACCGCCCUUGCAAAGUGUUCGUCGACGCUGGAAUUGCACGUUCCGCCGGGAGGUUUCUCAGCUAUUCCGUUCCUGGAGAAGAGUUUGCGGCUGUAUGAUCGACGCAGCGAUGAUGACGGGGACAUAGCGAUGGGCAGUUCCGCUGACUCCACGGCCCCGCUGGGAUCCAAGGAGAUGCGCAUGGCCAGGGAGAAUGUGUGUCAGGAUAUCCCUGUGUCAAUGGCCCAGUGCGAGCAGGGCUGGAGGGAGCUCUGUGCGUUUGUGGAUGGGGCUGAGGGGGUGGCGUGUUGGCGGCCCUCCGCGCGGUCUCGAUUGGCUGUUUGGAAGCGGUUAGUCGAGGGUGCUGUUUUGCAGGGCAUCAAUCUUGAGAAGCAGUUCCUUGUUGGGGACUUGUGGAAGUCUGUUUUGGAUGAUGAUGAGGAGAUGGAGCCGCCGUUCCCGCGUGCGUUGCUGGAGGCUGUUGUGAGGCGUAUCUGCAUCGCGGAUGAGCGGCCGCCUUUGGCGGAUGAUAUUAAAUGUGAGUCUAGAAUGGACGGUGGAAGGUGGUUACAGGUAUCGGGCUUGCUAACGAUUUCGUGCUGUUCUCUAGGGGCGAGCUUUGAUAAGGUUGAAUGUACACAAUGGGUUGGCGAGACAUACUUGGCUGCCACUGCUCCGACUACAUCGUCUGCUAUUGGAAGAAGUGAAUUCCUUCGCGCGUGGAAGGAAUCUCUGCCUGAGACAUGGAGAGGAGAGGCAGCGCUGACAACAUUACCGAAUGGCUGCUACAACAGCCCUGACCCUACGACUAUCUGCUUUGUUGAACCCUCGCAACGGCAGCCAACAAAAAAAGACGCCUCUGCACCAAUCACAGCCGCGAAGGCUAAGAAUACCAGAAAUUGGCACGAACUGCUCAAAGGUCACCGUUGA